AUCAACGUCCUUGACAAGGUUGAAUCAGAACAUGGCAAGCCGGUUGCUGAGGAAAGCGAUUGUCUGCUUUUCAGAAAAGGUGACCCCACAAAGUCUUACAUCAUGCAGGCAGAUGUCCUCAGGUGUUCAGCAGAUCACAAUGAUACCAGGAGAUGGAAUUGGUCCAGAAAUUUCACAGUCUGUAAAAGAUAUCUUCAGUGCUAGUGGGGUACCUGUGGAAUGGGAGGAUGUUGAUGUAACCCCAGUAAAAGGUCCUGAUGGAAACUUUAGACUACCUCAAAAAAUAUUUGACUCUAUGAGUAGAACAAAGGUUGGACUGAAAGGUCCAUUAGCAACACCAGUAGGCAAAGGUCACCAGUCGUUGAAUUUAGCACUUAGGAAAGCUUUUACAUUAUAUGCCAAUGUUAGACCAUGUAAAUCUAUAGAAGGUUUCAAAACACCUUACAACAAUGUAGAUCUGGUGACAAUUAGAGAAAAUACUGAAGGAGAAUAUAGUGGAAUAGAACAUAUAAUUGUUGAUGGUGUAGUGCAAAGUAUUAAAUUGAUAACAGAAGAAGCAUCAAUGAGAGUUGCAGAGUAUGCAUUCAAGUAUGCAAGAGAUAAUAACAGGGAUUCAGUUACUGCUGUACAUAAAGCAAAUAUCAUGCGAAUGUCUGAUGGACUGUUCUUGAAAUGCUGUCGACAUGUAGCUGAAAAAAAUCCUGAUAUGAAAUUUAGAGAAAUGUAUUUAGACACAGUUUGUUUAAAUAUGGUACAAGAUCCUACACAGUUUGAUGUUUUAGUAAUGCCAAAUCUGUAUGGUGAUAUUUUAAGUGAUCUCUGUGCUGGAUUAAUUGGAGGCUUAGGAGUGACACCUAGUGGCAAUAUUGGAGAGGAUGGUGCUAUCUUUGAAUCGGUGCAUGGUACUGCCCCAGACAUAGCUGGUCAGGACAAGGCAAAUCCUACAGCUUUAUUACUUAGUGCAGUUAUGAUGCUUAGAUAUCUAGGUUACACAGAACAUGCUCGUAAAAUAGAGUCUUCAGCAUUUGAAGUUAUUAAAGAGGGAAAGGUUUUGACUGGCGAUUUAGGAGGAUCUUCAAAGUGUUCAGAAUUAACUCAAGAAAUUUGUCGGAAGGUUCAGAGCAUGGAAUAGCAUAUCUUAUCUAUUUGACAUUAUUUUGCAAUAGAAUUAUUAUAGAUAUUUUUAAUAUGACAGCCAUUUUCAGUUUUGUGUUCAGUAUUUUUUAAUAAAUUUAAUGAAAGCAUAUCAUUUAUAUGAUCAUAUUAUACAACUUUAAAAGAUGUAAAUGGAAUAUCAUCAGUCAUGAACUUCAGGCAUAAAGAUGAUGAAAAUUCAGGAAAAGAGAAGAUUUAUUGUUAUUUCCAUCGUUAAACAAAUUGUAUGAUUACAAACUUCAUGUAACUGAAUGAAUUCUGAAAUUGAUUGUAUUUUGUUAUUUAUUAGAUGUUCCUAGUAUCCCAUGUGAUAUUUUAUUUUUUCAAUUAUAUGAAAAAAAUAUUUAAGUAUUUCACUAUAUUGUGUUCCUCACUUCUAAACCAAACAAAAAGAAGAAAAAAAUAAUUUGAUAUAUUGUUCAAGUAACAUUCAUUUUUGACAUCUUGAUGGCAUCAAUACUUAAAUGUCGGCCAACAAGAUAUUUUGCUACAAGUUGUCUAAUAAAAAGAUGUUGAUGUUGGUAAAAUAUCGAUUUAUGUAAGACCUUGACUUAUAUCUAAUUUCCCCCAAAACCAAUGUUUGAAAUGGAUUUAGGUCAAAUAUGUCAAGUUCAACAUGUUUAUGACAUCAUAGUUACAUCACAACAACUGAUAUUUCGGUUCUGAAGUUUUCCAGAUCACAUCAUCUUAUUCAUUUAUGAAUAGAACUAAACAUGAUUUUGAAAGGAUUAAAAAAAUUUACUUUUUUGAAAUUUCAUGGCCGAAAUAAUGUUUCUUACCAAACUUCCUCCUUUUGUAUAUACAACUAGUCUUUUCUGUGAUCACAUGGUUAAUUAUAGUACAGAGCUCUUGAAAUAUUUGAUGUUUGCUCUCUUAAAAGUUUUAUUUAUAACUGUUUCUUAUACUGGUACAAUAAAAUCUCAUGUAAAUAGAUAUUUGUGACAUUAAAAUUUUUUCCAAAAGAAUGUUUUUCUCUUCCUAAGUCCACAGCUUAUGUCGAUCAAAGUAUUCUAUUAAAAAUAAACAUUUACAAAUUUAGAGUUUAGGCUGUAUGCCAAUUUCAAACUGGCCGCUGAAUGCCGAACAAGCUUUUAUCAAUCCAUUUUUCAAGUAUUUUUAAUUGCACAGAACAUAUUACAUCGAGUGAGUCAAGUAAAUGUAUAAGGAAUACUUUACAAGUUUCUGUUUAAAAGAGGUACAUAGAAAAUUUACCAUACAUCUUUAUAUAGAUUUAUUUAUUAAGUACAAUGAGGAAGAUGUGUUGUAUUUUGACAAGUGAAUGUUAUUGUUAGUUUAUUUAAGUUUUGUUUUAUGUCAUGAAUCCAAUAAAUCAUUUUAACCUCUUAAA